GCCUCCGCCCCCUGCGCAGCGGCCGCGCCCCUCGCCCCCGGACGCGCCCUCGUUCCCUCAGGGCCUGGACAACCCGGCCCUGCUGCGGGAGAUGCUGCUGGCCAACCCCCACGAGCUGUCCCUGCUCAAGGAGCGCAACCCGCCCCUGGCCGAGGCCUUGCUCAGCGGGGACCUCGAGAAAUUCACCAGGGUGUUGCUGGAGCAACAGCAGGACCGAGCCCGGCGCGAGCAGGAGAGGAUCCGGCUCUAUUCCGCCGACCCCUUUGAUCUCGAGGCACAGGCCAAGAUAGAAGAAGACAUAAGGCAACAAAACAUUGAAGAGAACAUGACGAUAGCAAUGGAAGAGGCACCCGAGAGCUUUGGGCAGGUGGUGAUGCUCUACAUCAACUGCAAAGUCAAUGGACACCCCGUGAAAGCCUUUGUGGACUCAGGUGCCCAGAUGACCAUCAUGAGCCAAGCCUGUGCUGAAAGGUGCAACAUCAUGAGGCUGGUGGAUCGGCGGUGGGCUGGCAUUGCCAAGGGUGUGGGGACACAGAAAAUCAUUGGCAGAGUGCACUUAGCUCAGGUGCAGAUCGAAGGGGAUUUCCUGGCGUGCUCCUUCUCAAUCCUUGAAGAGCAGCCCAUGGACAUGCUCCUAGGACUGGAUAUGCUUAAGAGGCAUCAGUGCUCCAUUGAUCUCAAGAAGAACGUGCUGGUGAUUGGCACCACGGGCUCUCAGACCUCCUUCCUGCCCGAGGGGGAGCUGCCCGAGUGCGCGCGCCUGGCGUACGGCGCGGGCCGCGACGACGUGCGGCCCGAGGACAUCGCCGACCAGGAGCUCGCAGAGGCAAUACAGAAAUCCGUAGAGGAAGCAGAGCGUCGGAAGCCUUGAUGCAUGUAGUGUGUGUUUACUGCAGCUGGAGUGGGCCACAGACCAGAGAAUAGUGACAAAGAAACUACCUCACUGGAAAUGCCCUCAUUACCAGCUUCUGAUGGGUUUCAAAAUCCAGUCCAGUCUUCAGGACUAAAUUCCAAGAUCUCUAAUCCCACAAAUCAGUUACUUGAUCGUUCUGUCUCUGCCCCUGCUUCAAUUUGCUCAUCCAAAUCCAGCCUUGCAGAGCCCAUUGAUCCUAGAGCCGUCGAGACUUCUGACUCUUCACCUGAACACCAGAUAACCCCAGGAAAAGAACCUGCUCUGGAAUUACAGCAUCAUUCCAAAAGCUCUUCCUUGGCAAAUAAUGACCCCUCUCUGCACACCGGAGAUGAAACCUGCUCCAGUCCAGCUUGCCUUUCACAGAAGACACUCAAAGAAACAUUUAGUGCUGACAUUUUAAAGGAAUGUAAUAAAGAACAAGAUCAUGGUCAGGAACAUCCUCUGGAAGUGACAAAAGUCCAUUUGGAUGACACUGCUGCCAAGCACAAGCAGGAUAAAGAUGUCUAUCUGUCUUCAAAGCAGGAGCAAAAACAUGAGCUUCCCACAGACCAUCAGAUGUGCAAAGAGCCAGAAAAGGAACAUCUUGAGGAGCAAACUGAGACAACUGACCCAGAACCUCCUCGCUGUGUUGGUGGGCUUGAGAAACCUCCUGUGGCUGAAGCCAAACCGCCAGAAAAUCCUCCCAUGGCAAUGAGAGAUGAACUGGAGAGAGCAGCUCUUUCCUGUGUGAAAGGGAGUAUCCACCUGUCAGCCUCCUGUAGCCAUGUGCACAUGGAAGCCUCCAUGGAAAUAGAUGCAGUGGAGCAGGCUGCAGCUGAAACACAGAGCUCAGCAAGGCAGCAGACUGAGAACAGACAUAUAACCAACCUGAGCUCAGAGGCUCUCUCCAUGGAGGUGGAGUUGCUCAAGUCUCCGUCCUCCUUGAGUGAUCCCCUUCCCACCAGGGAUGUCCUGCAGUCUGAAAGCGCCAGUGAAAUUCCUGCAGAGUAUCACAAGUCAGCUAAUUUGGCAGCAGACAGCUCUUCCCCCUCCAGCACCCAAGAGCUGGACAUGGAUGCAGGAAGACCUUCAGAAGAGCAAUGUUUCCCUCUAGCAUCAGCCUUGAAAGAGCUUCACAAACUCUUGGUUAUCAGUCGGCAAGGAGAAUGCAAGGUCCUUGCCUCGGAAGAAGUCUCCCAGCUGGAAACGGUUCAGAGAGAGCCAGCAGUGCAGCAGAAGGGACUUGCUGAAGGUGAGCAGAAAGGCUUGGAUCCAGCCAGCCAGGAGCAGAGCUGUUCCUUCCCUGAGACAACACCUGAGGGUGGAGAAGCAGAGGGGAGGCAGCCCUGUGAUUGUGGCAGAGAGCACAUCAGCACCGGGCCCCUCAGUGCUGGGCAGCCUGUGCUCGGGCCAGGAGCUUUAGAGGGAGAGAAGGGCUCAGGUAAGAGCGAUGUGGGCGUGCUGAGUUCUGCAGCCACCCCUGGGCAGCAGCAGAGCCCAGAGCAGAGGGAGGGUUUGGCAGGAGGUUCUCAGAGUGCACCUAGCCCAGCUUUGGAGCAGAGCAUGCCUGGUUCCUCCACACCUGCUGCGGGUGAAGGAGCACCAGAGGAUACUCAGGGCCUGUUCAGUGCUGGGAGAAGUGGCAGUGCUGCUCCUGCAGGUCCAUGGCUGCUGGGUGGCAGUGAGGAACCACUGCUGAGCCCCCCAGCUGCCUACACCAGACUGACUGAAGCAGGGGCUUCCUCACCCCCUGCUUUCCCUGUGGCUGAUGUCGACCGGAUCCUUGGUGCUGGUUUUACCCCACAGGAAGCUCUCCAGGCCCUGGAACAAGCGGGUGGAAAUGCAGAUCUUGCUCUUCUCAUUUUGCUAGCCAAGAGCAUCGUUGUCCCCACGUAACUGUGGAAGAGGGAGCUGACUGGGGGAUCUUUUCUUCUACAGGAGUAUCUCAAUUACACACCACAAUGGACGAGCAGAAUGUUGAGACAGAUUUUUUUAAUUAUUUGCAGCCAAAGUAACACAUCUCUUCUGUUUCACUCGUUAGAUUUGGGCUUUGAAAGGAAAGAAAACGUCCUUGCAUUGUGUGGACAGGAUAGCUUUUAAUCAUGCAUACUGGAUUAAAACUACUAGUUUUAUUUAAAUGUACAAUUUUAGAAUAACCUCCAAUGCUACGAAUAAAAAGCAGCACCCACUGUGCUCACUGCCCUGUCAGGCACAAGCAGUUUGUGAUGGGAAUUGGCCACACGUGCACAGGAGGGGAGGUGCACACUGGGUCCAGCGUGGACUCUGGAUGUGUUGCAGCUCCUUGGAACCCAACAUCCAGCUGUUGAGAUUAUUCUGGAAGCUACUAAAGGUGUGUAAAUGCUCCUGGAUGUGUAAGGCUUUUGCCAGAGGAGUGAGGGGGUUUUUGGGAGUGUGGGUUUUCGUGUGUGUGCAUGGGGAAGGCUGAUGCUUAUUUUUGCCAAACCCUUUUAUGCUUUGAUUUCGAGUUGGACUCAAUGAUUCUUGUGUGUCCCUUCCAACUCAGAAUAUUCUGUGAUGCUCUUGGGCCAGUGUGUUCCAGUUUACAACAUGGGGAUAGAAGAAGGGAAGGGAUAGAAUUUGGUGCUACCAAAACUUAUAAGAUACAUUUUAACUUAUUUGGAGAUGUGCUGGUAUUAACUGUAAGGGGAGGGGAGGGGGGGGAAGGAGUAUUUACAUUUUGUUCUAGCCUUGCCCACAUCAUGUUUUUCCUCAUGCAAAAAGAACAAGCUCAACCAGUUUAAGGCUAAACCUUAAUGGUGAAUUUGUUUAACAAACCAGCUGUGUGUUACGGCUCCAGAUCUCCCUGUGCCCGGGGAGGAGUGAACUUCAUCUCAGUGGCUCCACGCAGGGCUGUGAUCGGAAGAAGGAGGAAUCUGCUUUGCUGUGGUUUGUCUGGAUGUCUGGGGUUGGUUGGUGGCUGUGCAUGCCUGGGGGUGCUGAUCUGGCUCUGACACCUCCUCCAGAGCCAGGGCUCCCCAGCAGGGGUCACAGAGCAAAUGCACUGAUGUGGCCUCUGCGUUACAACCAUCGUGGCCUUCUGGGAGACCUCUGGUGAGUCCCCUGAGCAGUGAGGCCUCACCGAGGCUGUGCUGUAGGAAGCCCUUUCCAGAUGCUCUUUUGAGAGGGAAGAACUCCUUUGUGAUGCUCUGUCAGGGCUGGGGAAACAAAAUUUUAAGUAGGAGCUUUGGUUCAGUCCCACUUGCAAAUCUCAGAAGUGGCUUCGUGUUUGGUGUUUGUCUUGACACGUUGAGCUAAACCUGGAGCAAUGGCUCAGCAGCACCAGACACGUUUUUGUUCAUGGCUUCCAUGUGGUCUUGUGGCUGUCUCAGGCCUGUGUCCUGGUGUUUGUGUUCCCUGUUGCUUGAGCAGGUCUCCUGUGUGUGUGCUGGGCUGUUUUUGUGCAGGUGGCAUUUAAAAACACCGAUUUGGUUUCAUCUGUCACCUCCCAGGAGUCUGUGCUGUCAUUGAGUGCUGGUGUCAGAUUUGCCUCAGACACUUGGGCAGCCAGGAGAUCCUCUGGAGUAAUAAAGGGCUUUAAGGCAUUCUGCUGUCAAAUGGAGCUUCCCCAUGAGCUGGGACAGUACCAUCCAGACCUGGAGCUCCCAGGCAGGUUUGGCUUACAUCCCUCUGCUUGUGAUGGCAGCAGCAGGCACUGCCCCUUGAGGGAAGCUGUGCUUGGCUGUCUGGGGCAGCACCCAGUGAUUCACUUGAGGCUCAGCUCAAAAUGAGGUACUGGGGCCAGACUGCAGCUUCCUCAUCUUCACCAGGCAGGUGGCAGAGUUACCCCUGCUGAAGGUUUGGUUUAAUAUUCUCCUUCCAAUGAGCACCUCACAUCAGCAGGAGCCCCUCUGUGAAGGGCAGGCUUGGGCUGGUACAGGAGCACAGUGUCAGCAGGUCUCCUUAGAAGCUUUAGGAUCUAUCAGAGCCAUUCCUGUCUGCAUCUGCUUCACCAUCAGAAGCAGCAGCAAUGAGGCUCCCAGGUCCAAAAUGACUUCAGAUGGCUGAAUCUGCUCCUGAUUCACACUGCAGGGCUCGGUGAGGUGGCCCUGGGAGCAAAGGAACACAGGAGCCAGAGGCAGGUUGGCUCUGUUGGAUGGGGGAGAGCUGAACCUGCACCCGUUGCCUGUGUGUGGAUGUACUGCCAGCUGCUUGGAGCAGCAGGUGUUGGCCCCUCAGCGUUGGCCACUCAGCGUUGGCCACUCAGUGUUGGCCCCUUGUGUCUCUCUCUCUGUUUCAGGAGCCCGUGCUCAGCUGGCCCAAGUGGUGCUGCUCUGCACCAAGCUGGUGACAGGCUCUGCUCUCACGGCCACGCUGACUUAGGCUGCACAUACAGAAUUUAUGCUAUAAAAGCUUUAGAGCAUCAGCCAAUCUGCUUCAGUGCUCACUUUUAUUCCUUGUCAAAUAUAAGUUUUGAAUCCCACCCUUCUGCCAAAGCUGUAUGGAAGCAUUUAUCCAUAGUGCUAGAAUUCCAUGGGUAACUCUCCCCAGACUGCUAGAAACAAACCCUGACCCCCAACUGAUAAAUAUUUCUAAAACUCUUUUAUCAAGCAGGUCCAAGCCUGGUGAUUUAAAUCUCUUCAUUUCCAAGCAUUGCUUUGAGUGAAUGGCUAUGUGCUGCUAAAUUAGUGAAUAAUUUUUUUAGGAGCAAGAUGUAGUAUAACAUUGGGGCAGUGGUGAGUACUUCAGGUUAAAAUAAAAUGUAACAGAAUGUGUGCUUAGCCAACGCUGUCUGAAAGUUGUCUUUGUUUCAACGUGUGUCCUCUCUGCUGCAUGCACACGCACAUCCUCUGUUCAGCCUCCAGCAGUCCCUCACUGCUCCCUGUGCUGACCUGGCCCUCAGAGUGGGAGUUUGUAUAGGAGAGGAGGGAUGGCAGAGUGCUGUGGCUUAUUGGCUGCAGCAGGGCAUGGAGGUGCCACCAGCAGCUCAGCAGGUUUCCAAGGAGCCAGGUAUUCCAGCCUAAAAUCAGGCACUUUGUUCUUUUCUCUUCCCCCUCCUCAUUAACCACUGCUGCAGUGUCCUGAAUUCACAUCACUUAACAAAGGAUUUCACCAUGGCAGUCCAGCUCUAGAGAGGAAAGCAGAGCUCUGAAGCUGCUCUGUAAAGCUGCCAGCACCUGUGGGGACCCAUGUGGGCCUGUAGAGCUUCUUUCUGGGUGUGCCCUGAACCACUCCUGCUCUCUGAGAUUUACUUUUUUCCUUAAAAAUACUGAAGGAAUUCACUUGGCCUCUUGGUGACUGCGUGUUUGUGUACACGAGGCCACAGGUGAACACAGGGGUGAUGUUUAGUGGAAUCCCAACAUCUGGAAGUUUCUGGCCAUGGGUAAUUCUGACAAGAGGAGGGAAUAUUCCUGAUGACUGUUCCUGGCCUGUUUACCUGCUGCAGGACAGAGCUGAGCUACGCUGUUACCGUGACAAUCUCUGCCUCCUUGCUGUGUAUGUUUAACUUUUCUAUGUAGACACUCGGUCUCCAGGACUGUUAACCUUGUCUGUCCUCCAUGUUCCCCUCUUCUGUGUCUCCCUCUUGCUGUCUCCUCUCCUCAAAAGUAGCAAUAUUUAAGUGUACUUGCUGAAUGCCCAACUUCAGAUCAGUUUUCUGUAAAACUAUGCCAUUGAUGAACAAAAGGAGGAGCAGGUCCUAGAGGUUUCUUCACCAGACUUGGACUUCCUGCCAAACAGCUCCCCAGAACUCUUAACAGAAAUUCAAAGAGGAGAAAUCCAGAGGUGUUUCUGCCUGCCUCUCUCGGAAGUCAGCUUGGGAAACGAGGUCAGUUCCAUGUCCAUCAUUCCCCUCUGAGCGCUCGAGAUUUCUUCCUGCACUGUGUAGAUGAGGCUUAGUCCGUGACCCAGAGCGCAGGGGGCUGGGUCACACUUUGACUGAUGCUUCAGAGUUUUACAGACUCACGUAGGGAACUUGAGGGAAUCAAUACUCAGGAAUCCUAAAGCUGGUUGUGUUUUGUGUCAUUGACUCUCGUGGGCUGAACACGCUGCAGCCUCGCAGGCGGCUGAAGAGAGGAGUGGGUGUGUCAUCAAUGGGAUGUGGUUCUGCCCAAAGUAAUACACACUUGAUUCUUUUUUGAUUUUUUUUUUUAAUAUUGGGGGACUGUUUAUCAACAAAUUAUGUGUAAAAAAAUUUGAUAUUUAAAAAAAAAAUGAAUAAACACUUUAUCAUAAUG